UUUGAUUGACAGUUGUGAAAAAAAAGAAGAUUGAUUUUUUGUAAAUAAAACAUGAUUUUUGUAUUUUAAUUUUAAUAAAUUUAUGAAUAAAAAUGUGGUCAGGUAGUAUGAUAAGUAACUGUAAUACUGUAGCUUGUAGAGGCUGCUUAGCUACAGACGUAAAGUUGUGUGAUAUACACGAAAACAACUUGGCCGAGUCUUAUGUAGAACUUAUUGGAAUUUCAGUUCAGAACCACUUCCCUCAACAUUUGUGCGUGUUUUGUCGCUCUUUGCUGAUAAAGUUCAUAUCGUUUCGGGAAAAAUGCCGUAGCACUCAGGCUUUGCUGGUCGAAGCCGAGUUUCAGGGGAGAUGUAUAACACCUGACAAUUUAAGAGACAUAUGUCACUGGAAUUACAAACCGAAAUACACACAAAUAACAAUCACAGAAGCGAAUGAAUAUGUCGAGUCGGAAAUUGAAGAAAAAUUACAUAUAGAUCUGAAGAAAGAAACGACUCCCGAGUUACCGAGUAACGUUUUGUAUCUUAAAGAGGAUAAAAGCGAAGAAAAGGAAUGUUUCGAUGAUGACAACGAAUUGGUGGAACCGUUGGAAAUAUUCGCUGAUGACUGCAUUGAUACAGACAUCUCAAAAUUAAAUCCUAAAAAGAAAUUUAAAAAAGUUGAUAAUGUUCGGCUUAAUAAAGCUAGAAGAAGGAAAUUAAAAAGAGUCAAAUCGGAAGAAGAGGAAGAAGAUGACGAAGAAGUAAUACAGCCUAAAAAGAACAGAGUAAAAAAAGAGCGAAAACCCAAAACGUCAAAAUCGGCAGACGAGAUAAAAAACAUUGCCAAUUCGCUCGAUUUUGAUGUUAUAUUCCUAACAAGAGAGGAACAGUUGGAAGAAAUUGAAGAACGUAGACGGGCAGCAUUGAAAUUGAAGAAUAGUAUAAAAUGCAAGUAUUGCGGUAAAAAUUUUCAGACCCAAGACAGAUUAGACGCUCACUUCAAGUUUUAUCACGAUCCGAGUGUCGGUCAACUCGUGUGCGAGUUUUGUCAGUGUCGUUUCAAAGCUAGACAUAAAUUUUCACAUCAUCUAAGGAUACAUCUGGUGCGGUUCAGUUGUAGGAACUGUACGUUUCAGACGAAGAGGGAUUCUACUUUAAAACGGCAUUACGAAUGGCAUCAGGGAAAAAGACAUAUGUGUCAAUACUGCGAUAAGGAUUUUGCGAAAAUAUCCAGUUACUUGUCACAUGUUCGAUUGAUUCAUGCCGCGGAGUUACCGUGGUGUGAACUUUGUGGAGAGUCUUUUAUAGGUGAAAAAGGCGUCCAAGCGCACAAAAAACUAAGCCACAAAGGCGUGGACGUCUCAACGCAUGUGUGCAAAAGGUGCAACACUAGUUUCGUCGAUGUAAACGCUCUAAACAAACACAUGAACCAGACGAGCUGCGACCUAGCGAACUGUGUGCAAUGCGGGGACGCGUUCGCGAGUCACCAAGUGUUGAGAUACCAUCUGGUGCAGAAGCACAGGGCCGACGGUGGCCACGUGACUGAUUGUGACGCCUGCCGGGUCAGAUUCCACAACACCACAGCGUUCCAACGUCAUCUGGCGGCGUGCGGCGCGAGCGCAGUCUGCGUUCAGUGCGGGGAACACUUCGAGGGGGAGAGGGAGCUGAAGGCGCACGAAGCCGAAGAUCACACCGUUACGGAUCUGUUCAAAUGUGAGGAGUGCAACAAAACAUUCACGAACGCAUAUUAUUUCCGAGAGCACUGCAAUGCACACUUCAAGAACAAGGAAGGGGAUCCCAGAAGGAAAUCCCGCCGCGGCCAGCGGCCCAUAGACCCCUCGCUCCGUAAGUGGCGUGUGGUGGGUGAGGAAGCAGCCGACGUGGUGAUGGAGCGGGAGGCACCCAAGAAGAACCUGGGCAAGAAGGGGGCGAUGUGCGAAGUGUGCGGGAAAAGCUUCCAGAAUGCCGGCCUGUUGAAAUAUCAUCAACGUAUACAUUCUGGGGAGAGACCAUUCCAUUGCACUCAGUGCUCCAAAACCUUCACAACCAAUCGAUUAUUGGAGGAACACGUGCGUGUGCACACGGGGGAGAGGCCGUACAAAUGCAUUAACUGUUCCAAGGCAUUUAAGACGUUGGCUGCGCUCAACCGACACAAUUUGGUCCAUAACGGGUUACGGCGCCACGUGUGCCAACUCUGCGACAAGACGUUUCAAACUUCAUCCUGCGCUAAAGUCCACAUAAAAACUGUUCAUAUGAAACUGCCCACCCCACCCAGAGUGCGUAGACGAAGGGUCAAAGACGAAUAGCAAAUGCCUAGAUUCAGUCAGCUGAGCGACUGGGUCAUUGUUACUGCUGAGUGAAUUAAGUGACGAGUGAACUAAGUGAAGUGAAUUAAUUAAGUUGUUAGUGAACAAUUUAGCGUUGAAGAUUAUAGCCAAUGUAGUGACCGGGCCUCACUUUUUCCUCCUCGCGUAUUGGUUACACAC